CUCUCCUUUAUCUGCUCUUCACGGCGCUCAUCUCUUCACUCAGCACCAGAGUCCCAUCACACACGGACACCAUGCUGCCAGCACUCUGCUCUCUCUUCACUGUUCUCUCAUGUGUCAGUGGUGUGACUGUGGUGACGCAGAAGCCUCCUGUUCUCACACUGACUCCAGGACAGACGGCCACCAUGGACUGCAAUCUGGGGACUGUCACUGGUGCUAGUUCACGCUGGUACAAACAGGUUCCUGGAGGAGUUCCUCACACGUCCCUGCAGUCUCUCCUUUAUCUGCUCGUCACACCGCUCAUCUCUUCACUCAGCACCAGAGUCCCAUCACACAUGGACACCAUGCUGCCAGCGCUCUGCUCUCUCUUCACUGUUCUCUCAUGUGUCAGUGGUGUGACUGUGGUGACGCAGAAGCCUCCUGUUCUCACACUGACUCCAGGACAGACGGCCACCAUGGACUGUAAUCUGGGGACUGUUCAGAACUCUGGACGCUGGUACAAACAGGUUCCUGGAGGAGUUCCUCAGUAUGUGUUACGGCAUUAUCCUGACUGGGACUCUCCUGAAUAUGGAUCUGGUUUUUCGUCUCCCAAAUUCACAUCAACACAUUUGUCUAAAUCAGAUUAUAAACUGAUAAUCAGUAAUGUGGAGGUGGGAGACUCAGCAGUGUAUUACUGUCACACAUGGGACAGCUCUGCUAAAGAGCACGUAUUCGGCCAAGGAACAAAGCUGAUCGUCAGCGAUGCUGCUCUCCCGGUUCCUGUUCUGACCGUUCUCCCUCCGUCCAGUGAAGAGCUGAAGUCUAAUAAAGCCACUCUAGUGUGUUUGGCCAGUGACAUGUCUGUCGGUUUUGCUGAUGUCCGCUGGCUCGUGAACGGGAACUCGGUCACCAGUGGAGUCAUCACCGGCUCUGUACAGCAGCAAGACAAUAAGAAAUUCACACUGAGCAGCUACUUGACCAUCGACAGCUCCGAGUGGGACAACAGCAAAGUCAUAACAUGUGAAGUGUCUGCUGGAGGAAAAGCCGCAUCAGUGAAGAUUAACAAGUCUGAAUGCAGUGAAUGAACCCAUUCACAACUUUCACAUGUUAAUUGUUUAGUUGCGAAUCUUUCUAAGACCUGUAGUUUAAACUGUAGAAAAUAAUUUCUUAUUACUGAGACUGUAAUGACCUGAUGGUUUAAUUGUUUUGCUUUUGUGUUUGAGAAAUAGAUUGAAGUUUAAUAAAGUGCAUAUCUGAAAAAGGAAUU